AUGCGGCUGCCUGAGCAACCUGGAGAUGGGAAGCCUGAGAAUGAGACGAAGGGGGACCAAGAAACUCCCGAAGGGGGAGAGGAGCCACGGAGAAGCCCAGCCCCUGGCUUCCCCACCUGGGAAAAAAUGCCGUUCCACCAUGUGACCGCCGGCUUGUUGUACAAGGGGAAUUAUCUCAACCGAUCUCUGUCUGCGGGCAGCGACAGCGAACAGUUGGCCAACAUCUCUGUGGAAGAACUGGAUGAAAUCCGAGAGGCCUUUCGUGUUCUGGACAGAGAUGGGAACGGCUUCAUCUCCAAGCAGGAGCUGGGUAUGGCCAUGCGCUCUUUGGGGUACAUGCCGAGCGAGGUGGAGCUGGCCAUCAUCAUGCAGCGUCUGGACAUGGAUGGAGAUGGGCAGGUGGAUUUUGAUGAAUUCAUGACAAUUCUUGGGCCCAAGCUGGUGUCCUCAGAAGGUCGAGAUGGUUUUCUUGGAAAUACGAUAGACAGCAUCUUCUGGCAGUUUGACAUGCAGAGGGUCACUCUGGAAGAGCUGAAGCAUAUCCUGUACCAUGCCUUCCGGGAUCACUUAACGAUGAAGGACAUUGAAAACAUCAUCAUCAAUGAGGAAGAGAGUUUGAACGAGACCUCGGGGAACUGCCAGACAGAGUUUGAAGGAGUUCAUUCGCAGAAGCAGAACCGGCAGACCUGCGUCCGCAAGAGCCUCAUAUGCGCCUUCGCCAUGGCCUUCAUCAUAAGCGUCAUGCUGAUCGCAGCCAACCAGAUCCUACGGAGCGGCAUGGAGUAGCCUCCCACCAGCCACACCGCGUUGCCAGCUCACUGCGCAUGUGCAUGCCCUGCGGGCAGACUCUGUUCCUCCACACGGGAGAUCUGGACCUAUGGAUGGACGCAGGUGUUGGUACAGUUCAGUGAAGAACUCAAGUUUGCAGUGCAACCGGGGUCACGGAUCAAUUCCUUCUCCUUGGCAGGGACACUAAAGGGCUGUCUUCAAUGCUUUCAUGGUCUUGUUUCCCAAUGCAAUAAAUAGCCCGGAGUUCUCAAUUAUUGCUUCAACCGCCAGUAGCAACUCCGAAGGGGGGAAAAUACUGCUUUCUUUUCGUCUUGGAAUUCCAGUAGCCAUCCAGAUAUCAUGGUGGCAUCAGAGAGCGAGAAAGAAAGAGGUGUGAGCAACAGUCACCUCCAUCCACGCCCCGAUUCUGUCAACCCAGGGAUCCAGAGACUCCCUGCAGAAGCUGAC